CUCGUAAUUAAUUUUAUUUGAUUUUGAUUUUUUAAUUUUUCCAUGCUCCGCUCCCGGAGGGUCAUUUGAACUGUAAAGGAAUCGCCGAGGGGGCGAGGGGACCUGGAGAGAGAGGCUAUCCAAACGACUCCACCGAGGCUCCUCCGCCCCCUCCAAGAUGAUGCUUAGCCCGGACCAAGCUGCCGACUCCGACCACCCCUCCUCGGCGCCCUCCGACCCGGAGUCCCUGGGCGGCGCGGACGCUCAGGCGCUCAGCUGCUGCGUCUCCGACCCGGAGCCCGCCGAGGGAGGCGGCGGCGAGGGCCGGGGCGGCGGCGGCGGCGGGGAGGGCCGCGGCGGGGGCCGGCCCGGGCUGCACCCGCCGCCGCUGAGCCGGGAGGAGAAGCGCCGGCGGCGCCGCGCCACCGCCAAGUACCGCUCGGCCCACGCCACGCGUGAGCGGAUCCGCGUGGAGGCCUUCAACCUGGCCUUCGCCGAGCUGCGCAAGCUGCUGCCCACCCUGCCCCCCGACAAGAAGCUCUCCAAGAUCGAGAUCCUGCGCCUCGCCAUCUGCUACAUCUCCUAUCUCAACCACGUGCUGGAUGUGUAGCGCCCGACGGACACCCGGAGCCCCGGGACCCCCAGUCCCGCCGCCCCGGGUCCGGCCGCGGCGGGCAGCGCCUUCCCCGGGGCGGGCGGCGGGGCGGGGGGGGUCCCUGCUGCUUGUGCUCCCCCCGGUCGAGAGCCCGCUUUUCGAAGAGAAGUAUAAAACCGGAUUGUCUCUUCAGGCUGUCAAGUGCCCCUUUAUAUAUAUCCAAAAACAUCUACUUGUGACCUUAAACGUGUGACCCAUGGGUGCAGUUAAAAAUAACUAUUUUUUAUUUAUGGUAGAAGGAGUUGACAAUUUAUUUUUUUCAAGAUUUAUUUAUUUUUCAGAGUGGUGGCAAUUUUACUUUGGAUACUUCGUGCCAAUUGGUUUCUAUAGUCGGGUGUUUACACUUUCUCCUGUGGAAUAUUAUGUUUGACUUUAUGAGUGUUUGUUGGGAUCAAUACAGUGUUCAUUUUCUUUUCUUUUUAAUUUAUUUUUUCCUUCCAAUUAUAUUGCACUUGUGUACCACAAACCUCCCCUCCCUUCCUGUUUAUAAGUAUAUUUUAUAUAUGUCAAGGCAUUUGUUCUUGACCUUUUUUCUUUCUUUCCUUGUGUGGGAUCAACAACCACUAGCACUUAACUAGGAGAGGUUUUUUUUUUUAAAAAAACUUGUUGUUAUUCUGAUCUAUAGUUGCGUCUGAAAAGUACUUUGCAAAUCGUUUAUAAGGGAAG